GUUUACCUCACUAGUCUCGGAAAGUUGUAUUAGAUCCUCGGAGUUACAGCCGGUCAAUCUUUGUUUGAUUGAUGGUACACUCCCGAGCCACUUGUCUGCUGGCACGGCACCAAACCCGACCCACGCCUUGCCUGCGAAAUGUCACUCAAAGAUUUCCCUUGAAGCCAUGCUUCAAGUCCUCGCAGUCCAAUAACAGCCUCGACUCUUCCCAUAAUCCCCACCCUUCCGGCCAGGUUGGACCUGUUGACAUCGGGACUUACCAAAAGAAGCACCAGAAAAAUGGUUCGACACGGAACAAACUCGUUGCAAUUGGACUUGGACUUCUAGCAGCACCUGUCGCGUGGUAUGCCUACCAGACGACUGAGCAGGACCGUCGCCUUCACAGUCUAGGUUUUGUCAAAUACUCACUUGUCGCCAAAGAACCAGUGUCAAAAUCAGCCAGCAUUUUCCAACUGGUACCCAAGGACGACAAGUACCUGACCGAAAUCGACAAAACCUUUUCCGAUCUAUUCAAGAGUGGGAUAUGGAGCGUGGAGUUCAAGCAACCACAACUCCAGAUUGUGCGAGCAUAUACACCCUUGCCCCCGAGCGUGGCAGCGGAUCAGGAGCAAAAUAAAAAUACUGGACUGAGGUUUCUCAUCCGGCAUGACGCACGUGGCGAAGUCUCGAGCUAUUUACAUAGACUCCCACUCGGGGCAGACAUCGAAGUCAGACGGCCAAGUGUGUCGGAAUACCCCAUCUCCAAGCAUGUUCGGCAGGUGAUUUUCCUGGCUGGUGGCACUGGUAUAGCCCCCGCAUUGCAAGUCGCACACGCUUUGUUUGAAGGUGCUGCAGAGGAUGGAGUGGAUCACCCUCGCAAAGAUUGCAAGUUACAUAUUCUGUGGGCCAAUAGGACGCGUGACGAUUGCAUAGGUGGUGUCAGUGACCAAGCACCAGGACAACAGUCAAAGUGGUAUUCUUUCUUGUACAACUCGAAGAAAUCCAAGCAGCAGAAUUCCCCUAUCGCACAACAGGGAGCCAUGGUCCAGGAGCUGGAGUCGCUUAAAGAGAGAUACCCGGGUCAGAUCACGGUUGAAUACUUUGUCGACGAAGAGGGAACCUUUAUCAACGAGCCUGCGGUUUGCAAUGCACUCAGUCGGCUUACUUCUCCUGGUCAUGACCAAUCCCACGGGGCCUCCAAGGCAGAACGACAGCUCUUCAUCUCGGGACCUGAUGGCUUUAUAUCAUACCUCGCUGGACCAAAGAUGUGGAGAAAUGGGGUAGAGGAACAAGGACCUCUAGCCAACAUGGUGGCACGCGCCAUCGCCAAGCAGGCAUGUCCGAUCGCGGUGUGGAAGGUUUGAUCUGUGAUAUAAUUUGACGACUGUCAAGGGUCAACUCCAGACUCUAUGGCAUCCACCUUAUAUUGUCUAUGCCGGUCUAUUCUAUCCUGGAUCUUUUUCCAUUUACAACUUGGCUGUACCCGUAUUUCCCUCCUUCUUGGCCAUGUCUCUUAGUUCUCUCCUCAGGAUCUUGCCACUGGGACUCUUGGGAAUGGCAUCAAGGUAGAUGCAACCACCACGCAGCUGCUUGUGCUGAGCGAGGUUGGCCUUGACGAAAGCUUUGAUUUCGUCUGCGGAUAUUUGGCUCUUGUCGGCUACGACAUAAGCGCGAGGCAGCUCGUUGCCGCUUCCAGAUGGAUCCGGCACUCCAAUCACAGCGGCAUCCUGAAUCUUGUCGUGGCUGAGCAACAAAGCCUCGAGCUCGGCCGGGGCAACCUGCAAGCCUUUGUACUUGAUCAAUUCCUUCUUGCGAUCGACAAUAUAGAACAUGCCAUCUCGGACGAUGCCAAUGUCACCGGUCUUGAACCACUUUCCAUCGGCGGUGAAGGUCUCCUUGGUUGCAGUCGGGUUUUCCCAAUAACCCUUGGUAAUCAUAGGUCCUUGACAGAUGAAUUCUCCUUCCGCACCUUCUUCAACGUCGUUCUCGUCGUCGUCAACCACUCUCAUCCGGACAUUGGGCAACAAUGGACUCACGCUGCCAGUUGGAUCAUUCUCGUCCCACGGCAUGCUCGUGACACUCCCCGUGGUCUCACUCAGACCCCAGGUCUGAGCGAUGUGGCAACCCAGUUUCUUCUGGGCCAAUCCCUGCAGUUCGGCGCCCAUCGGGGCGGCGCCAGUGAUGGCGUGUUUCAGACUUUUGAAUUGGUUCUUGACCAAGGGGCUUUUUGCGAUGAGCAGGUAGAUGGGCGGGACGGUGAAAAAGAAACUGAUGUUGAAUUUUUCGUUGUACUCGAGGAAUUUGACAAAGUCGAACUUGGGCAUCCAGUAGACCGGUCCGCCGGCAAUGGAGGGAUUGAUAAAGUAUCCUUGACAUCCGGCAAUGUGUGCAGCAGGAAGAUGGGCCAAUGUGUUGUAUACAAAGGUGAAAUUGGGAUCCCUGCGUUUGGCGCGGAUGAGAUACUCUCGGAACUGGUAUUGUGGGAUCAGUCCUUCAGAGACAAUGUUCUGAUGGGAGAGAUUGACACCUAGACCGGAGUCAGCUUCGCUUGGACAUUUGUAUGUGGAUGUGGUUGGAACUCACCUUUAGGCACACCUGUUGUACCACUGCUAUAUAGCAAACAAAUGACACGAUUGGCCAGGACUUCAGGGUCGGUAACCACCUC